AUGGCCGGAGAAGAUUCACACAAGAGUCUUGAGAAGAAUAAGGGCAAAGAAGAUGAGAUGCACAAGGAAGACGACAAUGCCAAGUUUGAUGUAUUCGAUUGCUCCAAGAAGAGUGGAGAUCACAAGAAAAAGAGUAUUGAGCAGCCGGAUAGUGAUGAUGAAAGCUUUGGACCAACUAUGCAACAAUUGUUCCACCGCAAUGCUCAAGCCGCAACCAUCCUCCUUUCAUCCUUGAGUAGAGAGGAAUUUGAUAAAGUGGAUGGAUUGCAAUGUGCAAAGGAGAUAUGGGAUACUCUCAAAGUGGCACAUGAAGGCACCAAGACCAUUCAAAAAGCAAGAAUUGAGAUGAUUGAAGGAGAACUUGGGAGGUUUGCCAUGUUGGAUGAUGAAACCCCCAAGAGAUGUACACAAGGCUCAAGAAGAUGA